CGCGCCGCGGCUAGCGCGCUCGCCUGCUGGAACGGACUGCUCCUCUGCUUGGCGUCCCUGGCCGAGGCGGCGUGCUACCUGGCGCUGGGUGUCGUGCACGGCCUUGCCGGCCUGCUGCGCAGCUGCUGCUCCAGCCUGGAGGGGCUCAAGGUGGUGGGGCACCUCCUCUCUCAUCUGGCGCUGCGGAGCAAGGAGUUGCUCCACCGCGGGCUCUGCAACCUGCUCGGCUCUGGCCAGACCUUGGUGAGGCAGGUGUGCGAGGGCCUGGCCAUUGGCAUGAGCCUGCUCGCGUACUUCGUUAACAGCAUCAUCAACAUGUGCCUCAUCGGCAUGCAGAACCUCUUCACCUUGCUGGUGGCCCUGUGGGAUUCAAUCGUCAGCCCCUUCCUGAGAGUCACCGACCUCCUGGCCGCUUUCCUCGCGCAUGUCUCCAGCAGCGCCAUCGCCGUGUCCAUUCUGCUGUGGUCGCCUUGCCAGCUGGCCUUCGAGAUCCUGGCCUCCAUCACCAAGCUCUUGAUCAACGUCUUCUUUGUGAAUAUCUAUGGCCUGGUCUUGCUCAUCCUUAUUAUUGUCGUCAGCACUUUUGUCUUCAACCCCGGGCUGCUGUGGAUGCUGGCAGGCCAUGUGCUUGGGUACUUGAACACGCUGCCAUCCUACCACCGCCUGCAGAGGGAUGCGUGGCGGCUCUAUCAGGUGGCGCUCCUGACGCUGGGCAUGGUCAUGACCUCUCAGGCCUGGCGCAGGUUGCUGGACUGGAGUCUCCAGGUGGCCAACUGGAGCAGAGGAGGCAGAACGAUGAACCAGGCGAGCAAUCAGCGAGGGGCAGCCAUGCCUGCCUCAAGACCAGCAGCUCCUGGCAGGGGGGUGCUGGCAGGGGGCGGCCAGCUGGCAGGUGGGGAGCACGAGGACCAGCCAGACGUGGAGCAGGUACCACAUGCGCGCCCGGCUCUGAGUCGAAGCACUGUUACAGGACAGCGUCUCCAGGCACCCAGGGAAGAACCGAGCACCUCCUGGGGGAAAGCUCCAAGGAGAGGGCAGCUGAACGCAGCAGCUGGGGAUGGUGAGGCUGCUCUGGACGAUGACCCCUGGAUGCUCCUGAAGGAACAAGAGGAACGUAAGAAAUGUGUCAUCUGUCAAGACCAAACCAAGACAGUCCUGCUCCUGCCUUGCAGGCACCUGUGCCUAUGUCAGGAGUGCACAGAAGUCCUCCUCCAGCAGGCCAUCUACCAGCGCAACUGCCCGCUGUGUCGCCAGAUGAUCCUGCAGACGCUCAAUGUGUACUUGUGAACCCAGGAGCGAGUAGCUUGGGCUGUUUUUCCAGAAGGUCAAGGACCAUCCCUGUUGCUGCCUCUCACCUGGAAGCAGAAUCACUCUUCCCAGUGCUGCCUCGAGUUUUCCAAAGAGCUAAGGAUGAUGCUGAAAGGGGAAGAGGCUGUUGGGGGUGUCUGUCAGCCACACUUGGUAUU